CCAGGGGCGCAGGGCCCUCUGGGAAGUGUGGUCCUUUGGCUUGGCCCGGGCGGUGGCCGUGAGUCCUGCAACCUGGCGGCCUAUUUGGCCUGAACCAGGGAUGGCAGGCUCCGGAGGCCCCACUGGGCCCGGGGCCUUGACAGGAGGGGUGAGCUCCAAGGUGGCUCCGAGCGUGGACUUUGACCACAGCUGCUCAGACAGUGUCGAGUACCUGACGCUCAACUUUGGACCUUUUGAAACUGUGCAUCGCUGGCGGCGCCUCCCGCCCUGCGACGAAUUCGUAGGCGCUCGGCGCAGCAAACACACAGUCGUGGCGUAUAAGGAUGCCAUCUAUGUGUUUGGCGGAGAUAAUGGGAAGACGAUGCUCAAUGAUCUCCUGCGGUUCGACGUGAAAGAUUGCUCCUGGUGCAGAGCCUUCACCACCGGCACUCCUCCAGCCCCCCGGUACCACCACUCAGCUGUUGUCUACGGGAGCAGCAUGUUCGUCUUCGGGGGAUAUACUGGAGAUAUUUAUUCCAAUUCUAACUUGAAGAAUAAAAAUGACCUCUUUGAAUACAAGUUUGCAACUGGCCAGUGGACAGAGUGGAAGAUUGAAGGACGGUUGCCUGUUGCCAGGUCAGCCCAUGGGGCUACAGUGUACAGUGACAAGCUCUGGAUCUUUGCUGGCUAUGAUGGCAAUGCCAGGUUGAACGACAUGUGGACAAUUGGCCUCCAAGACCGAGAGCUCACAUGCUGGGAGGAGGUGGCCCAGAGUGGUGAGAUACCCCCAUCCUGCUGCAACUUCCCUGUGGCUGUGUGCCGGGAUAAGAUGUUUGUGUUCUCAGGACAGAGUGGAGCCAAGAUAACCAACAACCUCUUCCAGUUUGAAUUCAAGGACAAGACGUGGACACGCAUCCCUACUGAGCACCUGCUUCGGGGCUCCCCACCCCCACCACAGCGGCGCUAUGGACACACCAUGGUGGCCUUUGACCGUCACCUCUAUGUGUUUGGGGGUGCAGCAGACAAUACACUGCCCAAUGAGCUGCACUGUUAUGAUGUGGACUUCCAGACCUGGGAGGUUGUCCAACCCAGCUCUGACAGUGAGGUUGGUGGGGCUGAGGUGCCUGAGCGAGCUUCCUCUUCUGAGGAGGCGUCCACUCUAACCUCUGAGGAGCGGAGCAGCUUUAAGAAGUCCAGAGAUGUGUUUGGCCUAGACUUUGGCACCACUUCAACCAAGCAGCCAGUCCACCUGGCGUCAGAGCUGCCCAGUGGGAGGCUCUUCCAUGCUGCCGCUGUCAUAUCUGAUGCCAUGUACAUCUUUGGGGGCACUGUGGACAACAACAUUCGCAGCGGGGAAAUGUACAGAUUCCAGUUCUCUUGCUACCCAAAGUGCACACUGCAUGAAGAUUAUGGGCGCCUAUGGGAGGGCCGCCAGUUCUGUGAUGUGGAGUUUGUGCUUGGUGAGAAGGAAGAAUGUGUGCAGGGUCAUGUUGCCAUUGUCACUGCAAGGAGCCGGUGGCUUCGGAGGAAGAUUGUGCAGGCCCGAGAGUGGCUGGCCCAGAAGCUGGAGGAAGAUGGGGCCCUAGCUCCCAAGGAGGCCCCUGGCUCAACUGUGGGCAGAGCACGGCCACCCCUGUUACGUGUGGCCAUUCGUGAGGCUGAGGCACGGCCAUUUGAGGUGCUCAUGCAGUUUCUCUACACAGACAAGAUCAAGUACCCACGGAAAGGCCAUGUGGAAGACGUGCUGCUCAUCAUGGAUGUGUACAAGCUGGCACUGAGCUUCCAGCUGUGUCGCCUUGAGCAGCUGUGUCGGCAGUACAUCGAGGCCUCUGUGGAUCUGCAGAACGUGCUGGCUGUGUGCGAGUGCGCUGCCAGGCUACAACUGGGCCAGCUCAAGGAGCAUUGCCUGAACUUCAUAGUGAAGGAAUCCCACUUCAAUCAGGUGAUAAUGAUGAAGGAGUUUGAGCGCCUCUCAUCCCCACUGAUUGUAGAGAUUGUUCGUCGGAAGCAGCAGCCACCCCCUCGCACCCCCUCUGAUCAGCCUGUGGACAUUGGCACAUCUUUGAUCCAGGACAUGAAGGCUUACCUGGAGGGAGCAGGCUCGGAGUUCUGUGACAUCACACUACUGCUAGAUGGCCACCCACGGCCGGCCCACAAAGCCAUCCUGGCUGCCCGCUCUAGCUACUUUGAGGCCAUGUUUCGGUCGUUCAUGCCAGAGGAUGGGCAGGUAAACAUCUCCAUUGGGGAGAUGGUUCCCAGCAGACAGGCCUUUGAGUCCAUGCUGCGCUACAUCUACUAUGGCGAGGUCAACAUGCCCCCUGAGGACUCACUCUACCUGUUUGCAGCCCCCUACUACUACGGCUUCUACAACAACCGACUGCAGGCAUACUGCAAGCAGAACCUCGAGAUGAAUGUAACAGUGCAGAAUGUGCUGCAGAUUCUGGAGGCAGCUGACAAGACACAGGCACUGGACAUGAAGCGGCACUGCUUGCACAUCAUUGUACACCAAUUCACUAAGGUCAGGCUCUGGCUCUCCCCAGCAGACCUGGGCACCUCUUGGCCAUUGCCCACUGUCCUUAGACAGCCUAGGCUGGAGCAGGCUGGGCCCCAAGAGGACUUCUCUGCCCACCCUGGUCCUACUGGGAUUCUCGUUUCAUCUAGUUUUGGUCAUCUGUGCAGGUCUCUAAGCUGCCCACACUGCGGCUGCUGAGCCAGCAGCUGCUGUUGGACAUCAUAGACUCCCUGGCCUCCCACAUCUCUGACAAGCAGUGUGCAGAGCUGGGUGCUGACAUCUGAGGAUCUCUAUGGAGACCCUACCUGUUUCAAGAGUGAGGACACCCAACCAAUUGGCCACAUCUCCACCUGCAGAGUGAUCACACCUGUGAGGUCAAGGGUCCUCAGCUUCUACAGGGCACUGAGGUGUAUAGGAACUCCCAAAGCCUGCAUCUCAUUGAGGACAUCGGCCCUACAGGGAAUGGCAAAUAAAGCAAACUUCCUUUCUAGCUGGCAUCUCUCUGUCAGGAGCCAUUUUGCCUGCUUCUGUGAAAGCCUGCCUAUCAGGCAGUCAAGUCAGGCCCAGGUCUGCUGGCAGAUUUUUCUGGCCUGCUGACUCAUGAAGGGUAAGAGGGGAUAUGCUUGAAGCUCAAGGUGAGGGGCUGAAUGCUCUCUUAAUCUUGGAGGAAGGAACAAGGAGGCCUCCAGAUAGGUACAGAUGUCCAAUGUCCAUCAGCCAUUGACCCUGCUGGCUUGUGACUUUGUUUCCCAAGACUCUGUAAAGUAUAUAGAGCCUAUGAGAAUUAUUAAACUCGGAGCUGCUGCAGUACUGACUAGACAGCCCUCCCAAUUUCUAA